AUGGCUCCUAAGGCUUCUUCUACCAAGAAGAGCGGUUCUGACGGGGAAUCGCCCAAAGCGAAGCUCCCAAAGCUUCCCACCGAGUUUAUUUUGAGGCCUUCGCAAACAGAACUGAAACAGUCGGCCAUCGUGUACGUUUCGCCGCAGAUAUUGUCUAUAACGGGCUGGAGCACAGGCAGUUUUGUUAGAAUCACCAGGGGACUCACCGAAGUGACGCUGAUAUUGCAGGGCUGGAAGCCGGAAAACGAGGACAAGUACGACCUGAAUGUUAUUCUUGUCUCGAACGAGAUAUUGUCGCUGACAGGCAUGUUGCUUGGAGAAAGAGUGGAGCUGAAGAAAGCCGUUUCACAGCCAGCCUAUGCAACCGAAAUCCACGUUGAUUUCGUUAGCCAGGACGAGUCCAAAGUGCAAGCCGAUAUUGUUGAUUUGGGAUUAGUUUACGAGAACAUUUGCACGGACUCGUUUUUGAUUUCGCAGGUGUCGAAUCUGGAAACUGUCACCGAUUCGCUGAACGAACUGUCACUUUCCUCGAGCGCAAAGCGCAAGCAAUUGACGCCGUUCCUUGUUCAUCCGAAAACGACGAAAUUCGAGUUGCAUUCUGUCGAAAAACUGCUGCCCCCACCGGCCCCGUACAGCUACGCCAGCAUUGGAGGACUCCAGUCACAGAUCGAGUCGCUGAAAAGAACAAUCGACGUUCCGUUGCGCCAUCCAGAGAUCUUCCAGCGGUUUGGAAUCGACCCGCCGCGCGGAGUGUUGCUCCACGGAAGCUCAGGAACAGGAAAGAGUCUUCUGCUCAAAUGUAUUGCUCACGAAUCUCAAGGAUGCCAUAUAAUCAACAUUAGCGGACCGUCCAUUGUCUCUAAAUAUCUCGGCGGAACAGAGGAGAAACUGAGAGACUACUUCAAGGAGGCCAUCAAGUACCAACCGGCGAUAGUUCUGAUCGACGAGAUCGACUCUCUGACGCCCAGCAGGAACAACGAGGACGUUUCUGAGGUCGACACCAGAGUCACUGCCACGCUUCUGAUGGCCAUGGACAGCAUUGAUGGCGCCGUGAUUGUGAUUGGGGCCACCAACAGACUCAACUCGAUUGACGCGGGUCUGAGACGGCCCGGCAGGUUCGACCAGGAGCUAGAGGUGCCGAUUCCUGACGCUGAUAGCAGAUAUGACAUUCUCUCAAAACAGUUUAUUUCUAUGAAGGGCCAGCACGAUUUGACUAACGAGCAAAUCAGAGCAAUUGCAUCCGCAACACACGGCUACGUUGGCGCCGAUCUAGUUUCUCUUUGCAGAGAGUCUAUCUUGAAGUGUAUCUCCCGAGGAAUCUCGUCGCACGAAAACGACCAGAAAGUUAGCUACCAGGACGUCGAAGAGUCGCGUGCGGAGAUCAGACCAAGUGCUAUGCGGGAGAUCGUGCUGGAGAUGCCUAAGGUCAGCUGGGACGACAUUGGGGGUCAGGAAGUGUUGAAACGCAAGCUGAAAGAAAUGGUACAGCUACCAUUGACGGCAGCACAGACUUUUACAAGACUGGGUAUUUCUGCUCCUAAAGGACUGCUGUUGUACGGACCACCAGGCUGUUCCAAGACACUUACGGCCAAGGCACUGGCAUCGGAGUCGGGUCUGAACUUCCUGGCGAUCAAGGGUCCCGAGAUUUUCAACAAGUACGUUGGAGAGUCGGAGAAGAAGAUCAGAGAGGUGUUCCGCAAGGCCAGGACGUCUGCUCCGUCGAUCGUGUUUAUCGACGAGAUCGACGCACUGGCCACGAACAGAGACAGCGAGGACGCCGGCAACGUGUCGCGACAGGUUCUGAACUCGAUGUUGAACGAGAUCGACGGUGUGGAAGAGCUCAAGGGCGUCAUUAUCAUUGGUGCUACCAAUCGACCAGACUCGAUAGAUCCGGCACUUUUGCGGCCUGGAAGACUCGACCGUCACGUGUACGUUGCUCCACCGGAUAGGCACGCGCGUCGCCAGAUCCUGGAGAAAAACACGGCCCAGUUCAACCUGCCAGAGCCAACGCUGUUGCUGGAGAAGCUGAGCGAUCUCACCGACGGUUUUUCAGGGUCGGAGACGGUUCUUUUGUGCCAAGAGGCUGGAUUAGCCGCCGUGAUGGAAGACAAGAACGCCACGCAGGUGCUCGAGCGCCACUUCCUCGCCGCCUUGAACGAUAUCAGCAAAAACAUCACCCCAGAGAUGCUCGAAUACUAUAGAGAGUUUGGCGAGAAAUACAGGGCUGUGUAG